UCCUAUUCUGUACCGUCUAAUCUGAGUUGUACCGAUGUGUUAAGUGUGUUAGCUUCUUUUGACUUUUAUGCCCUUGUUCACUUAAAUUUCAAAGGGUAUCACCAUGUCGGUGGCGUUUGCACCUCACAGGCAGCGUGGGAAGGGUGAUAUUACACCCGCUGGAAUACAAAAGUUACUUGAUGAAAACAAUCAGCUCAUCCAGUGUAUAAUGGACUUCCAGAGUAAAGGCAAGACAGCAGAAUGCUCACAUUAUCAACAGAUGCUGCACAGAAAUCUAGUGUACCUGGCAACGAUAGCAGACUCCAAUCAGAACAUGCAGUCCCUCCUCCCUGCUCCUCCCACUCAAAACAUGCCCAUGGGCCCUGGUGGGAUGAAUCAAAGCGGACCUCCUCCUCAGCCUCCUCACGGUCACAACAUGCCCUCUGAGGGUAUGGUCAGCGGUGGCCCUCCAGCCCCACACAUGCAGAACCAGAUGAAUGGACAGAUGCCUGGUCCUAAUCACAUGCCCAUGCAAGGUCCUGGUCCCGGCCCCAACCAGCCUCCCAACAUGCCCAGUGGCUCUAUGAAUAUACCCCCCAGCAGCCAUGGCUCAAUGGGUGGCUACAACCACACUGUCCCUUCUUCCCAGGGCAUACCAGCUCAGAGUCAAAUGAACAUGACCCAGGGCCAGCCGAUGGGAAACUAUGGGCCUCGGCCAAACAUGAACAUGCAGCCCACUCAAGGUCCAAUGAUGCACCAGCAGCCUCCCUCUCAGCAGUAUAACAUGCCUCCUGGUGGUGGUGGACAGCACUACCAGGGACAACAGAACCCGAUGGGCAUGAUGGGUCAGGUCAACCAAGGCAACCAUGUCAUGGGGCAGAGGCCAAUGCCACCCUACAGACCCCCGCAGCAAGGACCCCCUCAGCAGUACCCAGGGCAGGAAGACUACUAUGGGGACCAGUACAGUCACGCAGGACAGGGAGCCUCAGAAGGUAAUGCCCAGUAUGGCCAACAGCAGGAAGCAUACCAGCAAGGCCCACCCCAGCAGCAGGGCUACCCUCCUCAGCAGCAGUACCCAGGUCAGCAAGGCUACCCUCCACAACAGCAGGCAUAUGGUCCCUCUCAAACUGCCCCAGGACAGUAUCCUAACUACCCUCAAGGGCAGGGACAGCAGUAUGGAGCCUAUCGCCCUCCCCAACCUGGACCCCCACAAGGCCAGCAGCAGCGUCCCUAUGGCUACGACCAGGGGCACAUGAGGAAAUAAAGACCCGGGGAUUUGAACCCCUGACUAGCUCUGUAAGAAGCAAAGGGCCAGUAUGGAAAUUACCAGCAAUGAGAGAUGGUCACAGCAACCCACACAGCUCUGCUCUGAUCUCUGUUGAGCUUUGACAUCUGGUCAACUGCUAAGCAGACUUAAGUGAUGGCCGUAGCUCCCUGAGAUUCUCUCAGACACGAACACACAACUGAAAAUACAAGAUACAUUUUCCCCUGUCUUUGGGCUUGCAUUCUGGCCUAUAACAUGCAUUCAGUUUAUCUCGAACAUGGACUUGAUAAAGUGAAAGUUUAUGACUCACCCUCUGCUCCAGUAUGUCUCAAAGCAGCAAUGCCUUAAAAAUGGAACUGCCUUAUCCUUUAGCAUUGCAGAUUGUGACACCGGCUUACAAAAUUUUGGAUAUUGGAGAAGAUUUAAACGUACAGUUUCAGUCUACUGUGGUGCAUUGUUCUUUAUCCUUCAGCUCCUUGGUCAUAAGAAGCAAUAAUGCCAGCAGUAGGUCAAUGUGUAGGAGUGUAGAGAUGAAGUAAUGCACCAGAAGAACUUCCCAUUAGGCCAUGGUACAUGUCUUGAUGUAUGUGAUGAUGUAAAAAUAUAUUUUAUGCUUUUUCGAUCAAGCUAACUUUGUAUAAGACAUUGGAAUCUAGUACUGAAGCUGUGUUAUUUCAUGAAGUGUAUGUGUCAAUGUUUUCUUUUUUAUGAAGAUCACAUCCAGCACAUUUUCUUUUUGUAUUUCUUUGUUUUGUUUAUUUGUAAAGCUAUUCAAUUUGACCUGAUACAUUAGUGACACUGUAUGGAUUCUUUCUGUAAAAAUGGAAAAUGAACUGAAAUAAACAGAAACUUCUCAAUGGACAUCAGCAUGCAGAGAAAUAGAAAGUGCUCCAUCUCUAAUCCAAAAAAAAAAGAAAUGCCUCUGUGCAUAAAAAUAUGUGUUUUAUGUCAGUAAGAAAAUUUGAGACUUGGAUCUUUUUUUCACAAUUCCUGACAAAAUUUGUGGCCAUAUGCCCAGACAUAUAUUUGGGAAGAGACCAUAUGUAGUAGAUACAGCCACAAAUUACAAAUGUCUGCUCCCUGAAGUCCUUUUUUUUUUUCUGUACAAGCACCUGAAUCUUGUCCAUUGACUGCAAACCUGGUAUGAGACAUUUUUCUGAAAUAUUUUGUUUUGUUAGUCUUGACAAUGCUGGAAUCCCCGUCUCCCUCUUUGAAAAAACGUCUAAGUUGAUGUCAUUCGAAUAGUGUUGUGUGUGAAUAAUAAAGAUUGUUACUGUCAAAUAUGUAACAUAAGAUGUGAAAAUAAUGUUCUGAAAUGGAUUUUCUUAAUUUCAGUUUCAGUGCAGUUUUAUAUCACUGGCUUGAUAUCUGUUUUAUGGUGCAAACUUUAUUGAUCCCACAUGUACAGUGGCAUAAAGAAGAGGACUUCAUCAUCCUCGUAUUGUUUAUAUGGCUGUUUUAACAUUUUGCAUUCUACACCCCAUCCCAGUGGUCACAUUUGUGUCAUGGCAAUGUAUAACUGUACAAUAAAUUGGAAGAAUCUUUAA